AUGUAUUUCAUCAAAGCCCUCAUGCUCGUUGCCUUUGCUCGCGCAAAUGCAGCCGCAGCUUCAGGACCUGCGUCUACAACAUCGUUGCCCAGCACCUCUGCAUCAGCCAAGCCCACUACAAUACCAUAUGUCGAUUACACCAGGAUUGGUACCUUCAACCUAACUAGCUUGGACUCUACAAACCCUGCCAACAGCGCCAUCCGUACGCGCCAUGAAGAGGAGCUCCUGGUCGCAAAUAGGACUAUCCAACUCCGUCACGGGUCGAAGUUACGUCAACUCCACCAGGGGAAGCUGAUUGAGGUCUCAGCAGAUGUAAAUGGCAGCCUCGAGAGUAUCGACUCCUUCAUGGCGAAGUUCGGAAUGGCUGGCUUGAUCGUCGUACAGCAUGGAACUAUUCGAGUUGAGAAGUACCUAUAUGGCAAUUCGCCUGCUUCGAAAAAUGUCAUCCAGUCCUGCACCAAGUCUUUCACUUCUACGGCGCUAGCCGUAGCUAUGGCUGCAGGGAAAAUCUCGACCAAUGAUUUGGCGUCAAAAUACGUGCCUGAACUCGUCGGCAGUCCCUACGAAAAUGUCUCGCUCCUCCAAAUUUCUGACAUGGUUUCUGGAGUCACUGUGCCAGACGACGUUCCCGACUAUUUUGACAUCUACCUGGAAAGCGACCCGGAAGCCGUUUUUAGGCUAUUCAAGCAAUACAAGACUGCUGCCCCCCCUGGCCAAGUUUACAACUACCUCGAUCAAAACUACUAUGUCAUUGCCGUUGCUGUUUCGAGGGCCGUCGGAGAGCCAAUUGAGUCGUACAUCCAAAGAAACAUCUGGGAGCCCGCUGGUAUGCAAUAUGACGGCUUUAUGCGAGCCACGGCAGCUGGACAGGUCGAUGGCCAUGGCGGGUUGGGAAUCACGCUCGGAGACAUGGCCCGCUUUGCCCUGUAUAUCCUCGAUAACAUCAAUGGCAAGGGUGGGCCAAAGGUCCCGGCUGGAUGGUUCCAUAAUAUAGCCAAGGGCAGCACGAGUACAGGUAUCCGUGCACCGGGUGCUAUUGAUAUCAUUCCCAGCUUCGGAUACCAGACCGGAUGGUGGACUUUGCCACGUGGGGGCGAUAAGUAUCAACUGGGCGACGACUUCGCAUUCGCUGCUCUAGGCACGUACGACCAGGCUAUCUAUGUUAUCCCCGGCUUGAAUGCGACUAUUGCCAUGCAAUCAUCCUUCCCUGUCAGCUACCCCGAGCUGUUCUACCACGGGCAAGAGUUUGCAACUGCCGUUGCGCUUGCCUUGAAGACGUGUUGA